CCAUCACUUGAUAGGGCCGUUGGGCUGGGAGGAAGAGGGCCCAGGCCGAAGGUGACGCUGAGGCGGCGGGGGUGCUGAGAGGUGAGCGGGCCGUGAAUGAGAGUGAGCCACAGCAACACAUCGGGCACUCUUCCCCAUCUCUCUGCGGUGAAUGGCGACGGGAUGGAGUACGAGGGGAGCGGCGGCAGCGGGGCGUCUGCUGGGCUCCUGCAGCAGAUCCUCAGCCUGAAGCUCGUGCCGCGGGUGGGCAACGGGACCCUGUGCCCCAACUCCACUUCUCUCUGCUCCUUCCCAGAGAUGUGGUAUGGUGUGUUCCUGUGGGCACUGGUGUCCUCUCUCUUCUUUCAUGUCCCCGCUGGAUUACUGGCCCUCUUCACCCUCAGACAUCACAAAUAUGGUAGGUUCAUGUCUGUAAGCAUCCUGUUGAUGGGCAUCGUGGGACCAAUUACUGCUGGAAUCUUGACAAGUGCAGCAAUUGCUGGAGUGUACCGAGCAGCAGGAAAGCAAAUGAUACCAUUUGAAGCCCUCACCUUGGGCACUGGACAGACGUUUUGUGUAGUGGUGGUCUCUUUUUUACGGGUUUUAGCGACUCUAUAGCAUAUACCCUUAUGCUAGGAUGGUGAACCGAAGUUUUAUAGAAUCCUCAAAAAGAACACAAUAAGAAAUGUAGUAUUUUCUUAGUUCUUCAAAUGGAAGCAGCUUGGAUAAAAAAAUAUGUGAAGAACACCAUCUCAGCCCUUUCCUCAAUAUGAAGCUCCAGGAAUUGAAGAUCUUUUUGGAUUCCUAUUGUUCUCAACCAAAACAAAUCAAGUUUUAUUUUGUUUGACAGUUAAUUUAAGCAAUAUUAGAGGUGCACCUUUACCCAAAGCCAAGUCAACAGUGCUUCUGGGUUAGCAGCCUUCACACUGAAAUUUACAAUAUGUUGUGAGAAAAUGCAUUGUUGCCUAUUUCAGAGAAACUAUGGAAAAUAUUGGUUUAUUUCUGAGCAGAGUAUACUGUACUAAAAUCUUCUUUGAUCUACUCUUGGUUAAAAUUUGGCAGACUCUUCUUUUGCUACAUCGUCAUGAUAGUAAGUGCCAAGUAGGUUUUGGCUGAGUAUUGUAUAGCUUUGAGAACAAAUUUGGUAAAAAUAACAGGAAAAAAAUACUUAUAACACAAGCAGUGAUUUUUAUUCCACUGUUAAAAAAAAUAGAGAUAACUACUGAAUGAUGUGACGUUUUAUGGAUAACUAUCUUGACCUCUGAUUAUUUAAUAUGUUUUAAGAGAUGUGAAUUUGUUUUUUUGUACAUUUUAACAAAAUAAGCUAGCUAAUUGUGCCGGUUUUUUUUUUUUCCUCCAGAAUUCCAGUAUCACCUUUCCUAUCACUUUUAUUCUAUUAAUUUUAUUUAGUGUAAUUGGAAACACCCUAUUAAAUAGCUCUAGUUGAAAAUUUUAAGCCCAGAUGGGUUAGGAUACUCUUUUGACAUUGAGGCACACACACAAAUAUACUUUAAACAUACAGUUUUUCUUAAUGACUUUGGUUUAUUACUUUCUCUUGAAAAAUUGUAGCAGUGUCGCUUCAAGUAGAGUUAGUGCUUGUUGUUUUUUUUUAGCAUUAAUAGUUACUUAUCUUCUUAGUUACCUAGUGGUGGGUCUUCAGCCCAUUUUUACAGUAUUGGGUGUUACUCUCAGAAAGUGCCUAAGGUUUAAUUUUCAGAUAUGCCUUCCACUGUGCCAUUUUCAUUUUCCUUCAAGAGAAAUUUUGUCCUUAAAGAGAAAUAUCAAGAGUUUUUUUUAACCCAAUUUUAGCUUUAAAUUUUUCUUCUAAUGCCUAACUUUCUUUUUCAUUAAAAGGCCUGAAAACUGUGACCUUCAAAACAGAAAAGAUUGUAAAAACUAAGUAUCUGAGUUGAUCCUUACCACCUAAACUGUUUUAUUUGGAAUACAGUCAAUGUUGUUCUUGUCUGUUCUCAAAAUGGUUUCUGGUAAUUAAGUCUAACAUUUUAAAGGAAAGUUUUCAUUGUGAGAGUAAAGUUGACAGCCCAUGAGGUCAUACACACAGGAAUGUAUCCAUUCCAUUUAAAGCAGGAUGCACUUUGGAUUCUGAUUAAAAAUAGCCAAGAGGAUCAAUUUACCAGGGGUAGUCAAAGAGAAAAAGUACAAAGGGAUCCAAAAGUGAGCUGGACAUUUUGUUUUAACCAAUAGGCCUUUAGAUCACUUAACAAAAUCACAGUGACAUAAACUCAGACGAGGUGGAAAAUUACGAGUAGGAAUGCAGGCAAACGUCCUUACAAAUAAAUACCCCACCAAGAUUACUCUCCAAUGCUCUAAUCUUUCUUUCAAGUAAAUUUUAAGUCUUUAAAGACUUUUUCAGUUCAAGGAGCUGUGAUUUUGAAAAGUAGCCCUUCAGUUUAAGAAAUUUGGGGGUGUUGUAUCCUUUAUUAUAAGAAAUAAUUUUAAUCAUCUCUAUUGAAGGAUGCCUCUUAGUGUUUGUUCUCACCUAAAUAAAACAUUCUCUUGGAUAGAAUUUCACAAAUUGAACAUGUGGGCCCCUUCCGUGAAUACUAAUUUUUGAACAUAUUGAUCUGUGAUUGAAAUCUUUGGUUAUUUAUCUUUAGAGCCAAGACACAAACAUUAAUGAAUUUUGAAAGGUGUCUUCUGUUUCCGUCUGUUUGUCGUUUGCUAUGUUUUGACUCUCCACUCUUUUUAAAAACUUCAAAUGUAAAAUAUGUCUUCAAAUUAUUGAAUGUUUCAUCCAUCCCAGUAUGUGAACAUUCUCCUGUGAAUAAAUGUAUAUAUACUUUAUGUAGAUUGAGCUUUGUAGCUUGAAAUUUUUUCAGGAAGAAACUGUUUGAAUGAUAAUGCCUAUUCCUCCUCAUUUUUGUUUUUUUGGCUUUUUAAAAUCUCUCAUGUCAAAUACACAGUUAUUUGGGGUUGAUUACUCAGAUGAAAAAAUAUAUGCAUUUGUGUUGAACGUUUUAUUUUACCAAAAAUUUUGAGAAUUUUUUGCUGACAUCUGGCUUUCUUAGAGACAUAUGCAACCACCCCAUCCCCAAAUUGUGUGUCCACUUUUCCUUUUUUUUUUAAUGCAGGGAAGGUAGUCAGCCCUCAACCAUAAAAACUGAUUUUUGGAUUCUUUAAAAUGGGGGCUUGAGGGUAAAGGCAUUUCAUGAAAACUAAAGUCCAUAUACAAAGGUGUAAUGAAUAUUCCAAGAGAAACACAUCUCUUGGUGCUAUUAACUCAUUUUUGCAGCAAAACAUUACUUCUUAGGAAAUGUCUAAACUAGUGAGGAAAAGUUCAUUUAAACCUUUCCUUAUGUUUUUUAAGUUUUUAAAUUGUAUGUUGGCUUUUGAUUCCGGUGUCCCUUCUGACUGCUCUGGUUUGAAUUAAGUUAGUAUUACAACUGCAGUGCAUAUAACCUUCCCUACAAAACCGUUUCCUGGAAUGUGAAGCCCUCGUGCCAUUAGCUAUCCACACACAGAAAGUUUUAUGUACCUGCAUUUCUUUGUUGUGCACUCCAUUAGGCUGGUUGUGACUAGAAUCAGCUUAACUUUUUGUAUUAAAUUAUUUGACUAACUGCUACAGUCAAAAUGAUCAAAUCUUUGUAUGAUAGAAAAUUAUUUAAAUUUUAUUUUUCUACUGACAUUUCUAAUUCUGGUAUAAAUGUUUAUCAAUAAAGAAUUACUUUCAAUUCUG